ACAGUUCGCAGAGUGACUGAGGGAAGUUUCAGAAAACAGAAUAACAAACUGCAAUGGAUCCUUCAGAGGUAGAGUUCCUCGCCGAGAAAGAGAUGGUGAAGAUAAUACCGAAUUUCAGCCUGGACAAGAUCUAUUUGAUCGGGGGUGACCUGGGUCCCUUCAACCCCGGACUGCCUGUGGAGGCUCCUGUGUGGCUGGCUCUCAACUUCAAACAGAGACAGAAGUGCAGGAUUGUUCCUCCUGAGUGGAUGGAUGUCGAGAAACUAGAAGAGAUGCGAGACCUUGAGAGAAAAGAGGACACCUUUACGCCUGCUCCCAGUCCGUACUACAUGGAGCUGUCCAAACUGCUGCUGAACCAUGCAUCCGACAACAUUCCUAAAGCAGAUGAGAUCCGCACGCUGGUCAAAGACAUCUGGGACACUCGCAUCGCCAAACUCCGCCUGUCUGCUGACAGCUUCAUCAGUCAGCAGGAGGCUCAUGCCAAGCUGGACAACCUCACGCUGAUGGAGAUCAACACCGUACGAGCGUUCCUUCUGGACUCUCUGAACUGCAUGUUUAAGCUUCGUUCCAACCUGCGGCCCGGCUCCAGUAAGGGACAGUCUCUGGACUAUUGAGCCACGAGGUGGAGGCCUGCUGAGCAGGUCUGGAUCUUUCCUAAAGGACUGGGGUUAAACCUUUGCUCUACGGUGUGUAUUUACUGACCAGUACCCAGAUUACUGAGAAGACUGAAGAAAGAGUUUUACUCACAUGUGCACAAUAUCUGCAGAUAUCCAAUGUGCUGAUAUUUUCCAUCUAAUUUGGGCGAUUUCUGAUGCUGUUACAUGCACGUAUUUCUUUCUCCUAAUUUCAGAGAACAUCGUGUCUCCUGUGGUGGAAUUAACCGACUCUUAUUGUGAUGACAUUUUUCUGUUGUAACUUUUCAAAUGUUCACCUUCGCUGGGAAAAAUAAGAAAAACACUUGCAUGUGAUACAUACCUUGUUUAUUUAUGUGGCCCUCUCAUCUGCCUUUACCAGCCAGCAUGCCACUAUCAUCAUGCAUCCUUGGUUUAGCUCGUCCUUUUAAGGGAUCGUACUUCCUCUGUAGAAGACUUGUGUUAGUUCAUACAUAUUUAAAAGCAGGUAAGUUGGAUCACAGGCCCGUAUUCAAUUUAAGUGAAUUUAUGGUUCUUGCUACAGCCCCCAUUUUUGUAUAUUUUCUUUGUGUGACAAAAUAAAUCUAUUUGUGUAUGUGUCUGGGUGAUAAA